AUGCUUGCGCUGCUGCAGCAGCAGCAGCAAGAAGUGCAGCAGCGCGCUGUUGCUGCAGCAGUUGAGCAGCUGCUGCUACAGCAGCAGCUCGGAUGGACAGCCUUUAUAGAGUCAGGUUUGCUGCUGCUGCUGCAGCGGCGAAAGAGCCUUCCCCCCCAAGAUGUGAUUUUGCGGCUGCUGGCCAACGAGGUGCUGCUAGCCGCUGCAGCGGCUGCAGCAGCAGCAGCAGCAGCUGCUGCUGCUGCAGCAGACGGCACCAGCAGCCCAGCAAGAGCAGCUGAGAAGCGCAGCACUCUCUGCAGCAGCAGCAGAGCUGCAGCUGCUGCAGCAGGUGCAGCAAUCCGUACGCCAGCAGCAAGUGCAACAGCAGCAGCAAGUCCAGCAGCACAAGCAGGAGCAGCAGCCACAGCCGCAGCAGCAGCACCGAAUAGGGGAUUCCAAGGAGGCUGCUGA